AUGUCAGGAAACACAAAGAGAAAACGAUUGGCUCCGGUGGCAACAUCCUUCGACGAAACGAUCGAGGCGAUGGCGGUGGCGGUGAUCUAUCGCUUCGCCGGGAGAAACGUUGGUGAAAAGAGGAAAUCGUUAGCGAAGAAGCCUACGGAGCAGAGUAAGCAGAGGUAUGAGUACGUCAUUCUUGCGAUCAGCAACAACCUUAUCCAGUGGUUGGACAGUUAUUGUACAGAGAAGACGUUGGAUACGGUGCAACUGCAUAAGUGUAAAAGGAACAAGACAGCAAAACUGCAAAAAAAAAUGUUUCGCUUCUUGCUUCUGCUGCUAGUGCUCAGUCAGGACGUUCACGGCUUGAUCGAUUUGCCCGUGGUUCCCUUUGAUUAUGAUGGAGGGGAUGAUGCGAUUUGGGCUCUACCACCAAAGAUUAAUGUCACCCUGUAUGCCAUUCACAACUUUACAGACAUACGUGAGGACUUUGAAUCUCUGUUCAGCGAUUUCGCUACGGAACAGGGACUUCAUCUAAACAAGGACAAUUUUCGCCGUUCGGAUGACGGUCCGGAUCCAAAUAUUUCGUGGAAAGCUACUUAUGAACUGACUGGGGUUCAUUGUAUUGAGCUAGAAAAUCAUCUGCUUCGAUUGGUAUCACCAAAAUUCAAUAUUGCAAUGCUUAACGUGAAUUGUGGUCGUCUUAAGUACGCGAUCUGCUUCAAACCUGGUUGUCCAAAAAAGUUUUUGGGUAGAGAAAGUUUUGAAAGAGAAAGUAGUGAAUAA